AGGCUCUCAUAACUAUUUCGAAAGGAAGGUUUGAUAUGCAUGAUCUGGUGCAAGAAAUGGGACACUACAUUGUUAGAGGGAAACACCCAAAAAAUCCUGAAAAACAUAGUAGAGUUUGGAAGAAGGAAGACCUUCUCAAAAUAUGUGCUAUGGAUGCGACGAAGGAACUUGACAUGGUUGAAGCAAUACAAUGCAAUAGUUAUGAUCUAGUAGAACCUGUUCCUCAGAUUAUUGCAAAUAUGAAAAACCUUCGGUGGAUUUAUUGGAGAGGUGACCUUGCGAGUCCGUUUCCUAGUAACUUUCUACCAAGUGAGCUUUGUUGUCUAACAUUGGAUGGCAUAUCGCCGAAACAACUUUGGAAGGGUUACAAGCAUUUGCCGAAUUUGAAAAUCAUGGAACUUGCUGAUUUGAAAAACCUAAUCAAGACACCAGAUUUUGAUGGACUUCCAAAUCUAGAAAGAUUCACUCUUCAUGUAUGUCACUGUUUAAAAGAGAUUCAUCCAUCCAUAGGACGCUUGAAAAGGCUUGCUUUCUUAUUUAUAAAAUAUUGUGCCAAUCUUAAGAUAUUUCCACCCCUUACCCGACUAAAGAAACUAGAGACCCUUUCAGUAUCACAUUGCCCAAAACUUGUUAAGCUCAUAGAGAUCCCACAAAACAUGGACAAAUUACCAUAUCUUCAUUUGGAUAAUGGUGGGAAAGAAGUUGCAUCCUAUAAAAAACUUUCAACAAACAUUUUGGUUACGUGGUGGAUGUGUGGUGUUGUAGAAGUUAAGAAACCACAUAAGGACCUCGAUGAUGUAGAAUGUAGUUUACAGGAGCCUUGCGUACCUCUCAACAACAUGAACAACCAUAUAAGAAAGUUGAAUCUUUCAUACUGCAGUGUGGGAGAUAAAGACAUUGACUAUGCCAUUUGGGAUUUACCCAACUUGGAAGAACUCAAUCUAGAAGGAAAUAAGUUUUCACGAUUAAGUUUUAGUCGCAUGCUGCUUCCCCGACUCAAAUGGCUCAACGUGUCAUACUGCAAAGAACUUACAAAAUUGUCAGAGCUUCCAUCAAGUAUAGCUGUUGUUAAGGCGGAUUAUUGUGGAUCACUUGAAACCUUUGGUGAUAUUUCAAAAUGUAUAUGGUUGUGGAAAGUCUCACUUUGGGGGGAGAACAAACUUGUUGAUGACAUAUUACUAGACUCCAUGCUCGAGGGAAAGGCUCUUGAAGAUCAUUUUAUCAGUGUUGCUCUUGAACGUCAGAUGAUUCCAAAGGGGUUUGUUGGUAGGCUCUUUAGGUGGAAAACAUUUGUACUGCAUCUUCCACAUGAUUGGUGUAAUCACUUUUGUGGAUUCUUAAUAUGCUUUCUCACCAAAAUAAAUGCUCCAUAUCUUUACAUAAAAAUCGAGUGGGAGGUAGAUGAAGAUUCUCUAUCUGAGAUUUGUGAGGAGUCUAAUGAAGCACAAGGUCUUGAAUACCAUGAAACAAAGACAUAUGUGGGAUAUGUUUCCUUUAGUUCAUUGAGGCACACCACAUGGUGGAAUUCCUCAUGCAAUAAGAUUUCAUUUUCCAUAGACAUGGGUUGCAGUUUGGCUUCAGCUCAGAGUAAUUUUGGAGUUGAGCUAGUUCCUAGGAAAAUUAAAGGUGAUGAGGUGCAAAAAACAGAUUGCUCAGAAUUUUGGGACAAGGAACUUGAGGAUGAAACUACAUUUAUGAUCCAACAUGAUUCACCUUCUUCUAUCAAGAUUUCAUGGCAACCUUACCUCUACCCACGGUUGCAGAAAUUGACACUGGAGGUGAAUGUACACAAUAUAAAAGAAAUGCAGACUUUCACGACAGUUGCCACACUUCUAGGGAACAGUACUUUUCUAUAGACAUGGAAAACAAAAAAUUGACGUUGAAACAUUACAUGGCCUACUAAUCCAAAGGUGGUGUUAUUUGCUGAGUUCUUUGAUAGAUAUUGGAAGCAUAUAAGGAAAAGAUGCAUUAGGUACAUGUAUAUUGAAGUACGUUUCAAGAACUCAUGUGGGAAAUUGUCAAUGUACAUGAAAAGAUGCAGUAGGUACAUGCGCUCUACAAGACAUAUACAUACUUGUAUGGUUGUACUUGAAAAGCUUUUUAUACAAAUAUUCUAAUUGAUAAACAAAAGGCUUUGAGCACAUCACAUAAUCAGUUUGGCCAGUAAGAGAAAGCCGAAUAAUAAUCACCACCACCAGAUAUUAACAUUUGCUACAAACUCACUAAGUAUACAUUUGUCUAGGGAAGUAGUUAUUAAUUAGUUGUCAGUGAUGAGGAAAUAUAAACCUGUAGAAGAUUAUGAGAUACUUUUCACUAAAUGUGGUUUCUUGUUCUAAUUGGCUCCUGUUGACACUCAAAAUAUUGUAGAACAUUUGAAUGAAAACAAACCAG